AAAAGCGGGGGGAGAGGGGCUGUACGUGGAGACGGAGCAGCUGCGUGUUCGGGACCUGGUUGUCGGGAGUCAUGAGUGUGCUGGCGGAGCGGCGACGGCGGAGCGAGUUGUACCUGCCCCAGCCGGAGUGCAAACGAAUCUGUAAAAGUUUGGAGACUACUCCACAGGACAUUGUUUGUCACCUACCAAGAAAAAAUCCUAUGGAUUGCUGGGAUAUGGAGCACAAUUUGAAGCAGAAAAGACCUGUGGACUUGUUGAGUCCUCAAAUUAUGAAAGAAAAGCCAAAUUCCAUGAAUUGUGUGUAUGUGCUUGUUAAUGAGAUAUUUCCAGAUAAUGAAACCACAACUACUGCCCAGCCGUGCCCAAGAUGUAUUGCUGGAGAACCGGGGCAUCUUGGCCAUAUUAUGGGUUUCUAGAAGAUCAGAGGACAUGGAUGCUCCUGGAUUGAAUGGCCAGAUUUCUCUGCAUUCCUCCGAAACAUGGUUAUAGAUUGUAGAACAUGAAAGACUUGAUUUUUUUUCUUUAUGUUCUUAGAACAGUCCCAUGAAGGUUGAUUUCCAAAAACAUUUAUGUCUUUAUUUACUGUGUUUCAGAAAUUCACUCUGGACUCACAAUUGGAAGUGGAUAAACUAAAUAGCUAUGGAUUUAUUAGCCGCACUGUUUUCAGUUUCAUCAUUUUACAUUUUGGAUGGAAAAAAAGUGGCCCAUCCUUGAGACAUCUUUCAAAAACUCCAUCUCUGUGUCCAGUGGACCAGUGUUGUAGACACCCAGUAGAUCAAAUAUGGAUCUACUUCCUACUGUCAGCUGUACAGGCUGUUCCUUAGUGGACAGUGGGGAAUUCUACCUGUGCUUGUCAUACUCAUUUACUGAAUUGCAGCCCAAUACUGUGUAUGACAUCACAGUACGCUGUUACUAAUCAAAUGUACAAAUUACCCUAUGAAAAGAGGGGAAAAUGCAUUUUUAAUGUUACCACAAACAUGGCCACUUUCCCAUCACAUCAGAAGAAGGGAAGUAGAAGACCUAUUUAUUUUGCAGGUUCUUGUUUGAUACUGGUGAACAUUAAAAUAUAUUGCAUAUUUGUUUGAGGAAUACUAUAAAUGUCCUUGACAUUGCUGAAAUUAUUUUACAAUACAAUAUUAAAUCAAUCUUUAAAAAGCAAAAGAAAAUCUUGGGCAUGAGUGUUAAUCAUGUUUCAUAUACUUAUUUAUUUUGUAAUUUGUAUUUCACAUGGUAGAGCUUGUUCCAAGCAUUCAAGGUCAUUUGUGGAGCAUACUGCCUCCUGAGAGGCAUUGAGCAGUAAUGAAAUUUCCCAUUCUCACCACCAUUUCACGACCACACAGUGGUUGGAUACAGGACAGCCACUGUUCUGAAGUGGUGGCUUGAUUUCAGUUUAUUUGGUACUCUAAUUAAGUGAUAAGGAAGGAUACAGAGAAGAAAACAGGUCAACAACAUUGCUGCAUUGAUAUGGGAAACAGCUUAAAGCUGAAUUCUGGCUGCAACUAUUCUAGAUAUCAAACAUGUUUAAAUGUAGGACCCAGAAAGAGGCCAGUACUGAGGUCACAGAGAAUCACAUAACUCGUAUCAAAUGGUAAUUCUUGCUGGGAAAGCAGAGCGUUCCCAUCCUACUAUUUCAGCUGUUUAAUAGCAGCCAAAGAUUCGCAACUCGAGUCUCUCACCAUACAGAUACUAUUUGCUGGUAACCUCAGGUGAAUAGGGCACAAAAUAUCCUUAAUAAAAGACCUUAUUUUGUAUGUAUGUGCCAUUGUCAUGACUGAUUUAUGGAGACCCUAGCAAGGGCCUUUCAAGGCAAGUAAGAAGCUGAGGUAGUUUGCCAUACAGAGUUCUCCUUGGUGGUCUCCCUUUUAAGCACUGACUCUGUUUAUCUUUGGAGAUCUGAUGAAAUCAGACUACACCAGUGAUUCCCAAAGUGGGUGUUACCGCCCCCUGGUGGGUGCUGCAGCAAUCCAGGGGGGCGGUGAUGGCCACUGGUAGAAACAUUAAUACAUAUAUCUUUCUGUUUAAUUGCUAUUAAAAUUUAAAAAAAAUUAAUUUCCAGGGGGCGCUAAGUAAUAUUUUUUCUGGAAAGGGGGUGGUAGGCCAAAUAAGUUUGGGAACCACUGGACUACACCAUGGUGCUUUCUCUCCAAUACUACUACUGGUGACUUAAAAAUUGAUCCUUGUGUGCAUCGUCAGUCUUCAUUCACAAACCUUGCUGUUAUAGCUGUCAAGAACUGACUUCCUUAGCACAGUUCUUGUUCUCUUACACAUUGGUUUAGGCUUCACGCCUGCAAGAAAAAAGUUUUCAGUUGGAAAAUAACUGCGUUGUUGCUUGAGGUUCAGCAAGCUAUGACCUUUCGCAAUGGAGAUAAGAACCCAGGUGCUAAGAGGAAGCAGUUUCUAUCCUUCCUUUUAGUCUCCAGGACUGAGAAACAUAGAGUCACGUUCCAUCCAUAGCAAAAUGAAAUUAUAAAUCUGGGCCACGUGGUCUGGGCCACAUGGCUAGUAACAGGGUUAUGUAGUUAGUUGACAUCACCAGAAACAGAUCUGAUUGGUCAAAUAAAUUCAUAUCAACUCAUAGUCUCGGCCCUAAUGUUUAACAGUUUCAGACAAGUUUUGCUUUUGGUGCCUUAUUCAUGGCUCCUUGAUCCAACCUUGGACUUUUUGAUUCCAUACCUGCUUUAUGAGCUAGAAAUGCUGUCUGCUCUUGCUGACUCUCAGAAAGAGUGGACUUUGAAUGCUGGAGGAUUUAUCUGGUAAUUUGAACCAAUGCUAUUAGCAUGUAAUUAGACCUUUUGACUCAGCCUUUGCUAUUAAAUCCUCACUACACGCUAUUCUUUUUAUAAAUAUUCUUGCACAUAUUUUCAUAAACUAAUUUAAUUAUAUUUUGAGGGGUUUUGUUUUCAGGUGGCUUCAUUCUUAAUUCCAGUUCCCAGGCCUACAUGGCUACCAAGUUAGCUGUUUUGUGAAACUCACAAAGCUUGUCCUGUGGCUGUUUGGAUAGUGAAAAGAGGCAGGUAGCAGCUACAACGUGUGGGGACUCAUACUCCACGGUUUUGUAAUCUAGUGUGUUGCUGGCCCAUCCCAAGAAUCUCUUGGUGUAGGGGUUCUUGAUAGCAAACUUUCAUCCAGUGGGGUUAGAGGAAACAAAACUCUUUUCUUGACCUAAAACAUAAGUUAAUGUUAUUGUUAAAAUUAAUUGUUCAGAAAUAAUGUAUUUUUUCUAUCAAGGUAAAAUAUAUUUGGACCAUAAUGCACAAGUCUUAGCUUUCUAAAAUAUGCUUAUGAAAUGUAAUUAACUGUUGUAUUAGAAGAAACAAUGAGAAUGUAGACUCUCUUUAAAAACAUAAUAUUUAUAAAAGAAGGCCAGUAUCCGGUGUGAAAAAGUUGUCUAUAUUGAAGGGGUGUUUUUAACAAAGAUGUCUUCCACAGAGAGACAGACUUUUGUGGUUUCCCUGUUACUCAUGCAGCUGCAAAUAAAGCACAACAGUGAGGGGGUUGCUGCCAGCAUGAAGGGCUUCCCACAGGUUUUCCUCCCAGCGAAACUCCCCUUCCUGGGCUUAAACUGUCAGAGAUCAUUGCACUAUUUAAAAAAAAACUCCAGCACCUCAGUUUGAAGAAUAUUGUUAUAUUGAUAUACUUUUAUACCUAUGGGUUAGCAUGUUUUAUGAAUUCCCAUUUUUAAAAAGUCUCUAGUCUCCUCUCUUGGAAAGGUAUGUAUCUUGUGCAUGGGAAGAGGCUAGAGAGUUACUUUUAAAAAAUGAAAGCUGAGAAUCCAGAGAACCUGCUACACCUCUUAGUAUAACAAUAUACUAGUGCUGAUUUUAAAAAAUUAAGGGGAGAGGAGAAGAAAUGGCUGCCAUGGUACAGAGUUGGGGAAAAUGACUGUGAAGCGGACAAAAAAAUGUCUAAUUUUCCCUUUCCACCAUACAGCAGCCAUCCAGGUUUUACUACAACUUUUCCCAAAAACUUUGGAGCAAAGCAGGUUUGGAGAAAGGUCAGAGAAAUACCUGAGGGCGCACACAUGCACCACGAUGCUAUGCAGAAGCAAGGGAAAACACUUUUCCAAAAAGUUUUGAAUUUGGAGCAGGUAACCUGUGUGGAAGACAAAGUGAAUGUGUUAUAUAAUGAUUUUUAAUCCCACAAUUUUUAAAACAUUCUUAGAACCAGAACAAUGUUUUAAGAAAUGUCAUCACUAUUUGACUUCAAUUGUAAGAUUUGUAAAUCUAUCAGUACAGUCUUCUUUUGUACUCAAAGCAGAUAAAUGUUUCUAUUGUGUAUGAAAAAAUGUAUUUUAUAAUCUUCAGACAUUUGAUAUAGCUGAGUUUUUUUAUUUAAAGUACUUAAAAUCUUUGUAUUUUGUAGAUCACAGUUUACAAAAACUUGGAAUAUUAAAUAGAAUCUUGUCUUUAAAAUCUGUUUUUUAUUUGUUUAAAAAGUCAAGUCAGUCAUUGUUAAACCAUACAAAGCCAAGGUCCAUUUCAGUUCCCAAAGUAUAGUCUAGAUCCUUUUGCCCAGAUAGAUGCAUCUUCCUGUCUUACUCCAGAAAAUUCAAACUGGUUUUAUAUCAGAGAUUAUAUAAUUAGUAAAGGCUAUCAUCCUGUACACUUUCAUAGAGGAAAUAAAUGGUAUAGAUUUGAA